GACAGGAAUUGCAAUGACUCUAUAGGAGGACUAUGUUUAUAUUACACUGCCUUUUAAGCAGCAAUGAGCAAGUCUUCUACAUUAUGUCUAAAGUCUUCUUUUCCAAGAAGCAAUAUAUUCAGCACUUUAAUUGAUAAAAUUGUUAACAGACCCUCUUUACAGUUCUUACGUCAGAGGGGAUAUCAUUGUUAUGAACCUAGGGUUUAUAGAACUCUGUCAAAAAUCCUGAGGUAUGUUGACUUGGAAGGGUUUGAUGUCCUUCUCACCGAUUAUAUCACAUUUGUGGAGGAAUCGGGACAGCACUUUGAAUUCAAUUUUAAUUUUGAAUUUACUGAGAUCUGCAUAAAUACAAUCCUGUAUUGGACCUUUGCAAGGAAAGGUAACCCUCAGUUUGUGGAAUUGCUUCUGAAGAGGACCAAAAACUACAUUCAAGACCGAAGCAGUAAAGUGGCACUGAUAUGGAGAACUUUCACACCAGUAUACUAUCCAAGCCCUCUGAGUGGCAUCACGCCGUUGCUUUAUGUCGCUCAGAGUAGGCAAUCCAAUAUCUUUAAAAUACUUCUACAGUAUGGAAUUUUAGAAAGAGAAAAAAAUCCCAUCAACAUUGUGUUAACGAUACUGCUCUACCCUUCAAGAGUGAGAAUAAUGGUUGAUCAUGAAUUAACAGACAUUUGUGACGACGCUAAAACAUGUUUAGUGCUAUGCUCCAGAGUUCUUUCUGUCAUUCCAAUCAGAGAAGUUGAGGCACAGUUGCAUUUAGGAAGACGUCCAAUUAUUUCUAACUGGUUGGAUUACAUUCCCGCAGCAAGGUACAAAGAGCCAUGUGAACUUCUGCAUCUUUGUCGACUGACCAUAAGGAAUCAACUGUUAACCAGCAAUAUGCUCCCAAAUGGAAUAUGUUCGCUCCUAAUUCCUGUUUGUCUCCAGGACUACCUCAAUUUAGAAAGUUAAUUCACUUCCUUAGGCUGAAUUCCUAAGGGUGACACGCUGUAAGAUCCAGAAAUUAAUAAACAAUUACCUACA